AGUGAAAUUCGCUUAUAACGAUGCCGUAUACAACGAUAAUCCGGGUAAAACGAUUCCAAGCGAUGUAUUUGGUUGGUUUUAUAUGUUAUGUGUAGUAUUUUUAUUCGUAUAUAACGAUAUCGGUUAUAACGAUAAUCCGGAUAUAGCGAUGUUAUUUUAAAACGAAAAUUGGUUUUUAUUGAUCACCUAUAGCGAUUAAUAAUACAGUAUUGUAGUAGUAAAUUUGAUUUCGUCCAAAUCGAUAAUUCUUAAUCUUAUCUGUAACAGAUAAUGUGUCUUGUACGCCCGUACUGUAUACAGCAUACGUUUCUUACUCGUUUAGUCGCCGUUUUGAUUGCUAUCCGUUUAGACACGUUCCGAACUCCGUAGAUAAAAAUGUCAAAUAAAAGAAGACGCUGUUUCACUAUUGCUGAAAAAGUGAAAAUAAUUGAACGCUUAGAAUGUGGUGUUUCUAAUAAAGAUCUUUGCCAAGAGCUAGGAAUUAGUCAAUCAACACUAUCUACCAUAUGGAAAUCAAAAGACCAAAUAAAAAGCGUUUUUCAAAAAGACGUGACAUCUAACAAAAGAUUAAAAUGUAGCCAACAUCAAGACGUCGAACAGGCUCUUUUGGAAUGGUUCAAAAUACAACGAUCUAAAAAUAUUCCAAUAAGUGGUCCGAUACUUCGAGAAAAAGCGACCGAAUUCGGGAAGUGUUUUAAUAAAAUCGAUUUUCAAUGUUCUUCCUCUUGGAUUACCCGUUUUCGUCAAAGACACAAUAUUGUUUUUGGAAAAAUAAGCGGAGAAUCGUCAAGCGUUCCUGUUGGUGUUUCGGAAAAUUGGCUGGAACACGUUUGGCCUAAUUUGCGUAAAAAUUAUGCAGAUUGUGACAUUUAUAACGCUGAUGAAACUGGAUUGUUUUACCGUCUAACACCGUCUCAAACAUUACGUUUUAAAGGGGAAACAUGCAGUGGUGGUAAAUUAUCUAAAGAGCGACUCACGCUUCUUGUAGCCUCUAAUAUGACUGGUUCUUACAAAAAAAAAUUGUUAGUAAUUGGAAAAUCUCAGACUCCGAGAUGUUUUAAAAAUGUCAAAAACUUGACAGUUGACUACAAAAGCAAUAAAAAAGCAUGGAUGACCGGUGAAAUAUUUUCCGACUGGUUAAAAGAAUGGGAUAAACAACUAGCAAAGGAAAAACGACAUAUCUUAUUGACUGUAGAUAAUUGUCCGGCUCAUCCUCCUGUUCAAACUGAUUUUAUAAAGUUGGUUUUUCUCCCUCCAAACACGACCUCUGUGUUACAACCUAUGGAUCAAGGUAUUAUAAAAGCAUUAAAAGUGAAAUUUCGGGAAAAACUAGUACUCAAAAUUAUUAACCAAGAGGAACAGGGAAAAGAUAUUAAAAUUUCAGUAUUAGAUGCAAUUUUAAUGAUCUCCGAUGCAUGGAAUGAUGUUUCUACCACAACAAUAAGAAACUGUUUCCACCACGCUGGAUUCAAGGCUUUGGUAAACGACGAAACAGAAGUAGUAAGUGAAAAUCAUUUGGACACAGAGUGUUUUUCUGAAGAAAACAUACAAAGUUUUGCGGAGGUUGACGAUGCUCUUUUGACCAAUGAAGAACCCAAUGAAGAAGAAAUUGUCAAGUCUAUUUUGAAUGCAAAUAAUGAUGAAAGUGAACAAGCUGACGAAGAGAGCGAAGAAAUCGUAUUCAAAUUACCAUCUAUUUCGGAAAUGUAUUUUUAUAUUGAUCAGGUGCGUACUUUUGUUUCGGUAAACAGUGACAUAAAUACGCCAGAAGUAUCAAUGGCAUUAAAUAAUAUUUCUAAUUUUGUUAAAAAAUCUUAUUCAAAUUAUAAACAAACUACUAUUAAAGAUUAUUUUUCAAACAAAUCGUAAACGUAUACUAUAUAUGUAUUAUAAUCUGUACAUUUAUUAAAAUUUAGUACCUUGAAUGUUAAA